UUAAUGGUUUAGAUAUUUAACCCUGCCUUUCUCCCCAAAGGGGACUUGAAGUGGCUCACCUCCUCUCCUCUAUUUUAUCCUCUCAGCAACCCUGUGAGGUAGGUUAGUCUGAGAGUGUGUGACUGGCCCAAAGGCACCCAGUGAGUUUCCAUGGCAGAGUGUGGAUUCAGCCCUGGGUCUCCCAGAUCCUAGUCUGAUGCUCUAUUCACUAUUCUAUGCAGUCCUGAGCUUGCUGCUAUCAAAUUUCAUUGGGGGACCCUGAAUUAUACGAAAGCAAAACCCAUGAACGCUCCCAUUUUUACACGUAGUGGCUCUCAAAGGGCUCAGAAAACUUUAAAGAAAAAGUAGAAACCACAAUAACAAACACAAUAAAAACAAACAACAACAAAUAUGAGAAACUUCACAGUAUGAGAAUCCUAAACUGUUCCUUUUAUUCUUUGCAGAGCUGCUGAGGGGACAGGGCUGGUGGGGAGGGGCGGUGGGGCGGGGAGCUGGUCUUUCUCCAGGCAUCAUCAAUGGUUGUAUAAUAUCAAAUCCCCACUCUAACCUGGGAGCUUGCGUGCUGGGUGGCCUUGGUCCAGUUACACACUCCCAGCCUAACCUAUAACGGGGUGAAUGGCCUUGGUUAAAUCGCUUUGCUCUUCAUUGGGGAGAAGAGCAGGAGGUACAAUUAUCUUAGUAAAUAGGUUUGCUGGCUUUUUUAACCCUAUCGAUAAUGGUUGGGUGGCUUUUGCUCGCUCUUGUUUGAAGUAUUAUCUGCCAACAAAUGUGUGCAUCUAUAGAGUGUGACAUGUCAUAAAAUAAUCUCUCUGCUCUGCUUCUUCCAGAAUGUGAGCGAACACCCACAUCCUCCAAUGAAGAGCUGCUGUUCGAACACUGAAUCGGAAGGCCACGCGGCCGCUCCAAACCACAGUACUGAAGAAGGAAGCAGAGCCGGUCCUUCUACCCUGGUGAAUCUUGAUGCAGUGUCAGUCUCGGUCCCCGCCUGCCCCGAAGAGGAAGGCUGCAGGCAACCAGAGGAGCGCUCGAACACUCUGCAAAGUUUGAUGAGCCUGGAGGAGGAAACAGAGAAGCCGGAGCCGUCUUCUUACAGUAAAAACAAAGCCAGCUUGCUUCACAAAGAGGAAGAGGAGGAGCCAUCCUCUGCCAUAAAUUCUGGGGUAAUAUCGGAAGCCAGCGACGGCAAGCUGAGCCCAGAGGCUGGACUUGAGGGUGCUGUGGACCUCCUGUAUUGCACAGUGAAGCAAAAGGAUAUUGGAAUGAACUCCCCCGAUCUGGGGUUGGAACAAGGCAACCUGGGCGACCAAAGUAAUUUUCACCAGGAGGUAGAAACAGUUGAAGAAAGAACUGCUGGAAGUGCCUCCGAGCUGCCCACUUCCUGUGAUGCUGGUAUGGGGCAAUCAGAAUGCAGGAGCUGUGCAGGGAAUGUGGAUGGUCCUGCCGUGAUCCCGCAGCAUGCGGAGAAUGGGGACAGUCACAGCGGACUCUCUGUAUCUAAAACUGUGGAAGGAACGUCAGCUGUGUGGACAGAUCCUACCGCACCCUGUUUUGUAGAUAACGGCAAGGCUGUUACCUGCAGAGGUAAGCAAUCAGCGGGCCCUCAAAGUAAUGGAAAUGUAGCUAUCGACCCAGAUACUGGACCUGUUGAAUCCAGCGGCUGCCAAAUGGCAGGGGCAGACCUUCAGGUUGAUACGGCAAAGCACCAUUUCCCAAAAUGUCUGGAGGAUCCUGAGCUCCCAGCAAAGGAAGUGCAGAGGUCGACUUCGAGCCCCAAAACAGAAGCUGUGGCAGAGAACACGGCAGCCGAAGGGGAUCCCGUUUUGGAGGCAAACAAUAACGGGCAGCAAACGGGUGCUGGCAUGGUGGUGAUGGAUCUGAAGAACAAUAAUUCCGGUGCCAAAGUGGAAAACGGCAGGCCUGAUGUGGAGCUUGAGGCUGCCUGGGCCGGCGAUAGGAUAGGAGAGCUUAGGGCUGACGGACAGCCCGAGCAAAAGACCUGUGAGCAAGUACCACCAGGAACGGAAACCCCAAGCCAUGGCUGUGGAGGAAGUGCUGAUUCGACCAGCCUCCAUCAGGGGGGCAUUGCUGCAUGUCAUGCUCAGAAAGAACAAGCUGGGAAAGAUGAAUUCGGUAGUGCUUCUGAACUGGGCGCCGGUCCUGCAUCUGCCUCAGAGCCGGUUCCAAGCUGUCUCAGUCCUGCAGUGCCAUCCUCUGCAAAAGAAGAGCCCCUUAGAGCGCUGGAGGUCGCAGAAAACAGUUGCAAGAUGGACCAGUUUAGCCAAAGCACUGAGGAUAUCCUGGUUGUGGCUUCUGCCUUGCUGGACGAAGUGAUCCAGCAGGCCCAGCUUAUUGUUGCGAAAGAUGGCGGCGCCACAGCGGCCCCUGCUGGCCAGGAGGCAUCUCCACACCUGGAAGACCUUGCCCUACCUUUGCGUGGCGAGGGCACGGAGUGUGUGCAGGGUAAUUUAAUGGGCACACCCUCUGCUGUUCAUAAUAAAGAAUCCAAACAAAACCAGGAAGUCACCGCUGAGGCAGCCUCCCAACCGACUGCCCUCGCUGAACAGGGAAGCCCUCUUCCCGAUGAGCUAACUACAGGGACACUCCUGCCUGUGGAUCAUCCGGAAAAAAACAAAGAGAACGGCUCUCUCUCGCAGCCGUCUGCAAGCAAACUGGGACGGGAGCUGCCUGGCGAGGAGGAGCGUUUUCCCAAGGCCCCAGCGUUGGAGAGUGUUGCGCAAUCUCCUCUCUGUGAUCGGGGCGAGGAGCUCCAAGCGAGCGACGGUAAUACUGAGCCUGGAUUAAAGGUGGGAGCCUGCAGCCCUGAGGCAGAUAAGAAUGUGAAAACAGGUGCAGCCGCAGGUGGCUCACAAGGGCCAGAGGGGGCCUCUGUGUGUGCCCAUGGGGCUCCCUGUCCUCCUGCCACCAUGCUGAAUCAAGAACUGGACCUGAGCUCUGAUGCGCAGGUCAUCUCUUCACCCUGCAGAGCCCCCUUUUUCAUGGACGCUCCUCUGGCCAGCUGUGAGCUCCCUGCGUUAGCUGAGCUUCCUCGAGACGGGGAGGAGGUGGGGAACGUAUCUCCCAGGGUAUUGCUUCAGCCGAUCGCGGAAGAACCCCCCUGUGAUUGUGACUCCGGCACCGAAGUCUUCUUUUUAGCCAGCGAGGAAGGAUCCAGGCCUGAAGUUGCCCUGUCUCAGCCCAAUGAGGGUAGAAAGGAAGAAAGGAAAGCCGAGCCAGAAUCUCAGCUUCUGACGUUGUCGCCCUGUAUCCCGGCGGAACAAGCGGGAGCAAAAGAUUCUGUAAGUGCAGCAGAGGGUACUUUCGUUGACAACAUGGCAGAAAACCCCAGUCAGACUACGAUGCCACGUGAUUCCUUGGGAUCUGUAGUCGGAAACCCCACAGAAACUUCCCCUCUAAUGGAAUCGAGAUCCGAUGACCAGCAUGUGACAGAUGCUAACCCCAUCUCUGACGGAGAAACGGAUUUAAGUUUACAGUCCGGUGGAUCGAUGAAGAGGGCUGCCAAUCUGGAGGUGUCGAGACCCUUUCCUGUUACAGACGCUUUGGAGGUGAAAGCGGAAGAAGGGAUGGAUUUUUUGCGAGGUCUGGCAGAGAACGGCACUUCGGAAGCAAUCAUUAAUCGGGAAAGUUGGUGCCCUGUAGAAUCGUCCCCUGAUCCUUCUCUGCUGAAGACGAAGCGUGCAUGUAAUUCGGCAGAAAGCAGCAAUUUCCUAGAAGAUGAACUAAGUGGCGAUUGCACCUUGACACAAGAUCUCCUUAAAAGGGAAUCUGGGAGCAAGUCCCAUUUUUUCCCUCUGCCAAGCGAUGGGAUGGAUGAAAUCGACUUUGGAAAGCAUGAAGAGGAGCAAUCGGCUGGAGACAGUACGAGUUCCAGUUCCUCGGCAGACGAUACGAUAUCCCUGGAAAGGAACUCUUCCCUGGGGAGUGAUACUUCGCUCCCCCAGGCUUUGAAUCUCCUCAGGCCCAAGGACCGGUACAGCCUGGAUGGCGCUGGUGGCAACAUGGCUAGCGCCGAGGGGCCUGACGGUGAGUUCACCAUCUCCGGUGAGCUGGAAGAAGAGCUUGAUAGCAUCACAGAAGUGCCUCCUCACUCAUCAGCCCUGAGGAAUUCUAUGAGACCGUUGUCCCCUUUCCGCCGGCACAGCUGGGGUCCCGGAAAGAACGCCAGCAGCGAAGCAGAGAUCAACCACAGGAGUUCAAUGCGCGUGCUGGGGGAUGUUGCAAAGAAGCCUCCCACCCAUAGGAGAAGUUUGAGCUGGUGUCCCUCUGGUGUCCAGUGCAAUGCCGUGGGUGCUGACUUAAAUGGCCGAAGUUACAGCUUGGAAGGCCUUGCGGGGGAUGCUGACCAUAUUAAGAAGCCUUCCUCGAGUCUUGAGACAGCAUCACUGGAUGCCAAAGACCUCCAGAAAAGCCCCUUGGCCAGUGAUGAGCGGGGGUCAUUGGUCUCCCUGACUGAAGAGGAACUGGAAUCUGAGCAAGUGGAAGAGAGGGGUUUUGACCUCCAGAGAGGCAAAAGAUCACAGCCACGUGCCUUCAGCUUCUGUACCCACCCUGUGGCUUCUCCGCUGACUAAGUCCACAUCCUUAAUGGCUAUCACCCAAGCUGGACCGGACAGUAGUCGACCUUUUGGUGGCAGCAGCAGCAACGCAGUGUCUCAAGGCAUUUGUGAGGAAAGCUGCAAUUUCCUGCCUCCCAGUCCGUCCAGGAAAGACCUGGAAGGCAAGAGUGGGACGAAAGUGAGUCGGACAUUCAGCUACCUGAAGAAUAAAAUGUCCAGUGGUAAGAAGAGCAAAGAAAAAGAAAGAGAGAAGGAGAAAACCAAAGACAGAGAUGCCAAGGAGAAAGACAAGGACAAGAAAACGAUCAACGGGCAUGCCUUCAGCGCAAUCCGAAUGGUGGGACCCAUCGUCUGUUUCCACUGCUCAAAGAAUUUUAACAAGGAUUCCUUUGUGUGUGGAACCUGUGACAUCAUCGUCCAUAAAAGCUGCAUGGAGACCGUGAACGCUUGUGGUGGCAAGGCCAGAGCAAAGAAAGGUGGCCUUCAGACGCAUGACACGUCCUCAUUACCUACAGUAAUUAUGAGAAAUAAGAGUUCUCAGCCAAAGGAGAGACCUCGGUCUGCCAUUCUGGCCCCCGAUGAGACCGCUGCUACCGCCGUCUUCAACAGUAGGAGAUCCCAGCAGAACAUCUCACUUUCCAAAAGCGUCUCCAUCCAGAACAUCGCUGGAGUUGGAAACGAUGAAGCUAUGCUACACACUUGGAAGUUCCUUUCUCAGUCCACAGACUCUUUGAAUAAGAUCAGCCGAGUGAAUGAGUCCAUGGAGUCGUUAACAGACGAAGGUGCAGAUAUGAAUGACGACCAGCUCAUGGGAGAUUUUGAAGUGGACUCAAAGCAGCUGGAAGCCGAGUCCUGGAGUUUGGUGGUCGACAGCAAGUUUACGCGGCAGCAGAAGGAGGAUGUUGUGAAGAGGCAAGAUGUCAUUUACGAAUUGAUGCAAACGGAGAUGCAUCAUGUCCGCACCUUGAAGAUUAUGAGCGACGUGUACAGCAGAGGGAUGGUACAAGAGCUCCAGUUCGAGCAGCAGAUGGUGGAAAAGGUCUUUCCGUGCCUUGAUGACCUCCUUGUCAUCCACACCCAGUUCUUCCAGAGGAUCCUGGAGAGGAAGAAAGAGUCGCUCGUGGACAGAAGCGACAAGAACUUCCUCAUCUGGAGAAUCGGAGACAUCCUGGUGAAUCAGUUUUCAGGCGAAAACGCUGAGCGAAUGAAAAAAACAUAUGGCAAGUUUUGUGGGCACCAGAAUGAGGCAGUGAAUUACUUCAAAGACCUGUAUUCGAAAGAGAAACGGUUUCAGGCAUUCAUGAAGAAAAAAAUGAGCAGCUCCGUGGUGAGGCGCUUGGGCAUUCCGGAGUGCAUCUUGCUAGUGACGCAGCGGAUCACCAAAUACCCAGUUUUGCUGCAAAGGAUACUGCAGCAUACCACAGAAAACGACAAGGAACAGGAAGAUCUGGUGCAGUCGCUGAACCUGGUGAAAGAAGUCAUCGUGGCGGUGAAUAGCAAAGUCAGCAAGUACGAGAAAAAGACGCGCCUGAAUGAAAUCUACACCCGGACCGACAGCAAGUCCAUCAUGAGGAUGAAGAGCGGGCAGAUGUUUGCCCGGGAGGAUUUGAGGCGGAGGAAGUUCGUACGAGAUGGUCAGGUGUCCCUGAAAAAUGCAGCCGGGAGACUGAAAGAGGUCCAAGCUGUUCUUCUCUCAGACGUCCUCAUAUUUCUUCAGGAAAAAGACCAGAAAUACAUAUUUGCUUCUCUGGAUCAAAAAUCCACUGUGGUCUCUCUGAAGAAGCUGAUUGUUCGAGAAGUGGCCCAUGAGGAGAAAGGUUUGUUCCUAAUCAGCAUGGGAGGAAAAGACCCAGAGAUGGUGGAAGUUCACGCCAGCUCCAAGGAGGAACGCAACAGCUGGAUCCAAAUCAUCCAGGACACAAUUAAUACGAUGGACAAAGAUGAGGACGAAGGUGUCCCCAGUGAAUCGGAAGAGGAAAAGCGAGUGCUGGACAUCAAAGCCAGGGAACUGAGAGAGCAACUCCUGCAGAAGGAUCAGCAGAUUAUAGCAUUGCUGCAGGAGAAAGAAAAGAUUUUCCGCUGCAUGACCGACUGCAGUGGGCAUGAGGACAGCUCCGGGACCAGAACGUUGUUCCGGGCCAACACAGACGAGGCGCCCAAGGGGGAGAGCAUUAUCAAGAAUGUGAUCAGUGAAGUUGAGUUGUUGCAAAGGCUGGUGAGUCGGAGCUUGGGGAACGCCCUUGGGCAGCAGAUAUGUAACCUCUCCUCAGAGGAAGAGGGCGUCGGGCCCGUCUCCCUCCCCAGGAGGGCAGAGACUUUUGGAGGAUUUGACAGCCAUCAAAUGAAUGUAUGCAAAGGUGGAGACAGGGAUGAAGGAGAUGAUAUCCAGGAUCUUCGGAGGACAGAAUCAGACAGUGUUUUGAAGAAGGGAGGAACGGCUAAUUUGAUGCUUGUCCUGAAAAGGAACAAUGAGCAAGUCCUCCAGAGCAUCACCCACCUGCAUAGUUUACUUGGCACAUUGCAGGCUGUCGUCGUGCAGCAGGACUCCUACAUUGAGGACCAGAAGCUACUUCUGACGGAGCGGGUUCUGAGCCGUGGCUCCUUCCGGCCCAACUCCCUGAUUGAGCAGGAGAAGCAGCGCAGCCUGGAGAAGCAGCGGCAGGAGCUGGCCAACCUGCAGAAGCAGCAGGCCCAGCACCAGGAGGAAAAGCGGAAAAGGGAGAGGAAGUGGGAGGUUCAGGAGAAGGAGCUGGUGGAGAGGGAGGCUCAGCUGGCCCAGCAGGAGGAGCAGGCCCAGAAAGCGCUCCAGAGCCUGGAGAAGGAGCGCGAGGAGCUGCAGCAAAAGAAAGCCGCCUACCAGCUCGACCUGGAACACCUCCGGGCAGCACAGAAGCAGCUGGAGAAGGAAAAGGAACAGCUCAAGAGAGACACGGAACGGAUACCCCAGGUGGAGCCCGGCCGUGGACUGCUUUCCAACCAGCACACCAAGGUGGCCAGGACCCCUUCUAUGCCUGUGUCUGAAGACUCCUCUUCCAAACAGCUGAGCUCUUCUCUACCCAAACAGACCCACGGAGACACCGAGAUCUCCAUUUCCCCCAAAAGGAGCAGUGUCUCAAGGACACACAAAGAGAAGAGUACUUUCCACUUGCUUGGCACAACGGCCUCUAACCAAACCAGCAAACCAGCUGAGGGGCAUGGCCAGAUGCCCAACCGUCUCUUCAGCUUGACCAAAGCCAAGGACAAGAAGGAGAAGAAGAAGAAGGGCAAAGGGCACCGUUCCCAGCCUUCUGAUGCUCACUCUCCAGAAGGAGCACCAGAGGGUGAGGAGAUCUUCUGUUGACUGACCCCCACCCACCCCUCUCCCUUUCCUGACUAUGUGACUCCACCUCUUCAACUGUCCAAUGGAGGGCAUGCAAGUGGGGAGAAGGCCUUAGCAACUUUCUCUCAAACUGUACCUGGCUUUUGGACAUCAAAGACCCACCCGAACAUCUACCUACAGCUUCCAGUUUGCUCCCUCCCUCGGUAUCUGCCCAUUUCCUGAACACAGUGACUUUUUGUAUUUUUAAAGGUGCCAAAAGGGCAUCAGAAGACAGGGUUGCUGACGGAACUUCUGAAUGUAGCUGGAUGGGGCGGGCUCCAUUCUGUCUGCUCUUCUUUCCACAGCACCUGCUCAGUAUGUGGCGCUUAAUCUUGAGUUGCACUCCUGCCUCUUCCGUCAUCUCCAAAGCUUGGGGAAAAAGUCCCCUGAGGCAGCCUAGCUGCUCUUCUCUCGGGGAACUCCACCAAAAAACAAAAACAGCCCUGUACAGCAAAACGCUGGGGGCUUUGUAAGCAGUGUUUGUACACUGGCACACGCAUAUAUAUAUAUAGAUAAUACUGUAUAUAUAAACUUAUAAAUAUAUAUAAAUAUAAAUAAUUGUAGCAGCAUGUCCUUUGGGAUAUGCUUUGUACAGAAAUAUUGGGUGAGCUUAGCUCUUUCCCAGAAGUUUAGUUGAAACCUGAACUUUUGCAGGGAAUUGUGUUGAUAUUCAAUAUCUCUUUCUCAGUUCAGUUGAUUUGUGCUCUGCCGUUAAUACUUUUGUAUUUGGGGCAUAUAUUGAAGACCAAGUGGCAGCAGAAGGGUUGGCUUAUUAGCAAAGGAAGGAGGGAGGGGAGUUGGUAGAGAAUUGAAGGAUCUUGUUUCCGUAUAGAAAAAAUGUAUAUGGUAGGAUUCCGGCACAGAUGUAUGCAGGAAUUAACAGAGGCAGUGGGCUUCCUUAUCUCCAGCACAAUUCAAGGAAUGGCCAUAAAAAUCUUGUUCUUGAUGGUGGGGAAAAAUUGUGUGUGAAUGGAUUUGAAGCUUUGAAGGGCCCCGAUGCUGAAUGAAAUAUUGAGGGGUGAGUUUUGGCCACUGAUGAGGGGUGGGUGGUUUCAAGACCACCUGGCGAGAGUGACAGCAGGCAGAUAUUUCAAUGGUAACACCUCUUUUAAAGCUCCCAUUUGAUAGAAACCUGAAGGCUUCUGCAGAAUGCAUGUCUUCCAACUAGACGUUAGGGAUCGGUGGUUUCUUCUAGAAAGUUGCUAACUUGUAUUGACAUCAUAAAGAGAUGGUGGCGAUAGUUUAAAAACCCCCGAAGUUCUCUCUUUCUAGAUCCUUAGCUGGUUCUAGGAACUUGUUUGCACUUUAUCACCUUGUUUCUCCACAUUUCCUUGUGUUUAGCUAUUAUCCUAACCAAAAGGGCUACUGCUGGAGCUAUUUUUGAAAGGUGUUGGAAAAAUGUGUUUGAAGUGGGAUAGCUUAGGGUCAAGCUAAACAUAACGGCAGGCACGUAUUCUUUAACGUGUCUGGUGAAGCAAUGUUACCUGGGAACUGUAGUUUUCAAAGGCAAGAGUAGCCAGCGGAGGCAGUGAAAGGCAGUGAGAGAAUCCUUCCCCUCUUCAGCGAUCCUGAGCAGCUCUGUCUUUUAAAACUACAGUUCCCAGGUAAAAUCAUGUCGCCUGACUCAUUAAAGAACCCACAAUGGGCAUCGCAUUUAGCUUGGCCAUAAGGGAGGUGGGAAAUGAUGCUCAAGUAGAAGAAUAUUGGGCAGAGAGAGUAGGGUGCUUAUAUGUAGCAUGUCUGGUUAAUAAAGCCUUGGCCAAGCAUUUGCUAACAACUGAUGGCCCACAGUUGAGUGCAUCCCUUGUGGACUAGAGUAGCCAUCUCCCCAUCCUGCUUGUAGAUAUAACUGCAUUUCCUUGUUCGAAGAGGUAAUCCAGAUACCCCAUUCUGUUUGGGGUACAUUUGAUUUGGCUUGUGCAACUUGAUCCUUAACAGAAACCUUCCUUGGUAACUGGAACUCCAGAUACUCAUCUGUCCAUUGUCCAAAUCUGCAAUUGUAGAGUUUGAUCCCAUAAGAAAUGUGCAUCUACCUGGUAUAAUUUUCUCACCUUCUCCCUUCCAGUUGCAACCCAGAAUGCUGCUCCUGGGGGGUCAUUGCAGGAAUGCAUUCGGAGUGCGGGGGAGAUACUGGGAAUAAGAUAAAUUGCAGCAGGAGCUGUAAGCCAAACCUGAGGACAUAAUUCAUUCUUUUUGCAGGGAAACGAAAUCACACCAUACAUUUCACCUGGUUACUAAUGGAUAUUCUCUCUUUUUUUAAAAAAACCAACAACUAUAAACAUUACAAGUUCCCUAUGUCUAACUCUCUUUUCUGUGUGUCCUAGAUGUUGGAAUAGAAAUUAUUUACUAAUUCGGUUAACUUAUGAUUAAAAUUCAACCGUGAAGGCACCAAUGUUUGCAUUCAGUCUUUGUCUGAAAAGACUAGUGUAAUUAAUAGAUGAUCGUGGAACAUUAUGUGUUCCUGUUGUUUUUUUUUUAAUGGAUUGUACAAAGGUACCUGUUGCAUAUUUCUGGACAAAAAUCUAUAUAUAAAAACUGUGCAACAGUGAAAAGUGUUUUUUUUUAAUCUAACGUGCUGUAUGUUAAUUUGUAAGUAUGUAAAAAGUUCAACUUGGUUAUUGACUGUAAAAUUUUAAGGCGUCCUCCCUCCCCUCUGUAAUUUGCAAAAGAAAAACCCAUCAGAUUUUUGUAACUAGCUUUUAUUUAUCUGCCUUCCUAGUUAACAUCAAAAGCAACUUCUUGUAAAGUCCUUCCCCCACCUUCCCUUUAAAAAUAUAAAAUAAAAUUUGAUUUUAAGUGUA